GCGUUCCCCGUUUCUCCAGUUUAAGGAAAUGGCGUCGUACGGGUGGAUAUCGUCGCGUCAAAUUUCACAAAUCAUGAAUGAAUUCUAAGUGCCGUCGCGCGUCUCACAUGAAUUGAGGGUAUCGCCAGCUCUGUACUUUGCAACACGGUGCAACAUAUCAAACCAUGAACGAGGUAAGCGGAGGAAAGCAAGAUGUGCCCAAUACCUCGAAUUGGGAAGCCUUAUCGGGACAGUCGGUGUCUUCGUUGCCAGCCAUGCAUCACCACCACCAAGCGCUGCAGCAGGAUACGAAUUCAACAGUAGCCCAAGUUAUAGUUCCUACGCCUGUCAAGCUGCAGACGCCCAUAUUAGCGCCGGCGCAAACCGUAGCUGACCACUGUCCGCAACUCGGUCACAUACAACAGCCACCUCUUAUAACUCAGGGCACGCCACCCGGCAGCUUUCCAGAACUCGAGUUAUCUCUGGAGCUUCAGCAACAAGGUUGGAAGAAGUUCUGGAGCAAACGCGAAAGUCGACCGUACUUCUGGAAUAAGUUGACCGGAGAAUCCCUGUGGGUAGUACCUUCGCUGAAGCCUCAGUUCGAUCCGAUCACGGACCCACUUGGCAUUUGUGGUGUACCACCUCCGCCUGGAAAUGGUACCAUUCCACCUAGCACGCCAGGCGCCACGUUAAAACGAAGAGCGUCGGAGGACGGAGCCGUUACACCGGUGAAAAAGUUUGUGCUAGCGGGCCCGUGGGAUUUGGAGAUACCUACGAAUGUUAUAAUAUAUGAACGAGCACCAUCAAACUUGAUGCACGUUCAUGCCGAGGCAGAGUCCCUGCGCUGCGCCCUGCUGGCAAAGCUACGGCAGUGUUAUCAAGAGUUAUGCCACACGCGCGAAUCCAUAGACGCGCCGAAAGAUUCUUUCAACAGGUGGCUGAUGGAACGGAAGGUUAUCGAUUGCGGCUCGGAUCCGUUGCUGCCGAGCCAAUGCUUCCCCGACAUUUCAAUGUCCAUGUAUCGCGAGAUCAUGAACGAUAUUCCCAUUAAAUUGGUAAGGCCGAAGUUUACAGGGGACGCUAGAAAACAAUUGUCGCGUUACGCCGAAGCAGCGAAAAAGAUGGUCGAGUCGAGGGCGGCGUCGCCUGAGAGUCGGAAGGUGGUGAAAUGGAACGCGGAAGACACCUUCCAGUGGUUGAGAAGAACGGUGGGCGCCACGUUCGACGAUUUCCAGGACAGACUCGCCCAUCUGAAGCGACAAUGUCAACCGCAUCUAACUGCGACCGUUAAAGCCAGCGUCGAAGGCAUAUGCCUGAAAAUUUACCAUCUGUCGACCGAAUACGCGAAGAAAGUGAAAGAUAAGAACAACCAGAUCCUCAAAGACAAUGGUCUGGGGGAUGUUAUACCGUUAGGAGGACCUGCGAGCACGCAGCGAAAAGUUUGGUGUUAUCCAGUACAGUUUUCCCUUCCCACGCCGAGACUUCCACAGGUGGAUUACCUCCCGGAGCGCGAGCAAAUAAUGCUGCGCUUUCACGGCGACACCAUGUGUAUUAAUAAUACGCACUUUACGAAACUGGAACAUUUGUAUAGGUAUAACUGUUUCGACGACAAGAAAUUCGAAAUGUUUCUGUCGCGCGUUUGGUGUAUGUUGAAACGCUAUCAAACGUACCUCGGAAUCAACGAGGGCCAAGCGACUCAGAUGGCUCUACCGGUGACGGUUUUUGAAUGCCUUCAGCGAUCGUUCGGCGUUACGUUCGAAUGUUUUGCCUCGCCUCUAAACUGUUACUUUCGGCAGUAUUGCUCAGCGUUCGCCGAUACGGACUCGUAUUUCGGAUCAAGGGGACCAUUCUUAGACUUCAGGCCGAUCAGCGGAUCGUUUCAAGCAAACCCGCCCUACUGCGAGGAACUCAUGGAAGCUAUGGUCAACCACUUUGAGCGACUUUUGGCUGAUUCGGCAGAGCCUUUGUCGUUCGUGGUGUUCUUACCGGAGUGGCGUGAUCCAGCUCCUAAUGCGCUCAUAAAACUUGAGGGCAGUCACUUCAAGCGCAAACAAGUAGUAGUACCCGCUAUGGAACACGAGUACAGACACGGAUUUCAACAUAUUCUUCCAAAAGGUGAAGUAAAUAUCCGAGCGGUCCACGGCACGUUAGUUGUAUGGUUACAAAAUCCGGCUGGUGCUGCGCGGUGGGGACCUACGGAAGAGCGAGUUGAAGCUUUAUUGGAAGCGUGGCGACCCGGUCGGGAACGAGAAAGGGAUAGGCAGGAGCUUCUUUCCCCGCCGCGACAAACGCACCAACCGAUACCGUCAACGCCAGUACCUGUACCGACAACACCAGCUACACCGACGGUGCCACCUGUACAGACGCUACCAAGUCAUCCUAUAUAAUUGAGUGAUAUAAUAUAGUUGAAUGAUCUUCGUAAGAAAAAGAAAACGCGCGUAUAAAUAUAAAAUGAAAAAAUAGUUUCCCCCUAUGCUUGGAGAUAAAUAGUUUAUCUCGUGUAAUAUAACUUCUUUGUUAAGAAAAUUCAUUUUAUAUAUUUUAGCAGAUUUAAGACGCAGAAAGAAGAAAAUGUAAAGAAUGAAACAAGUGUUAGGUAAUUAUAUGCAGAGAAAUUAAACAGUCAUAAUAUAGAAGCAAUAUGAAUGUUACUUUAUAAUCAACAAUAUUUUCAUGCUAGGAUCCCUCGACGGCAUGAAUAUCGGUUACAUUUUGAAACAAUCUCAUAGAACUUGAUUCUUGAUAACUGAUGAUUGAUUGAUGAACAUUAUUUGAGUCUAUGUUGGCAGGGGAGUAAAAUCCUGCUGCUCACUUCUGUUCAGCCUUGCUAAGCGGUAUAAUUAAUAUAAGGAAACAUAUAUUGAGAAACAUACAUUUAACGUAAAGAGAGUUUACUUAUCAACAAAGUGAGCGCACAUUGCGGAAAGUCUAAACUUUGCUAAUAGUGGUUAAUUGUUGAUCAAUGCGUUGGACUUUGUGGCAUGUGAUGCUUUAAAUAUUAGAUAUACUUGCUAUGCAAGAUAACAAUUGAUACUAUAUUGUAAAUUUCAGAAGAUUAGAUACCCAGGAACAACAAAUGUACAGGUGUACGUUGUAUGUGUGUACGUGCGCGGAUGUAGGUCGUAGAAUGCAUGUGUCGCCUAUGACUCAGUUUGUAUGUGAUCGGGGAAAAAGGUUUAUGUCAAGCACUGCGAUAAAAUUGUUCACCAUAUUUUUAACCAUGACAAUCUUUUUCUUUAGCAAACAAAAGAACAUAUGCAGGAGAGGAGAGUUACGCAUUUCAUUUUUAAUAGCUCUUUGCCGGUGCAAUAUUUUGUAUCAGUUUAUAAAUAGCCGAAAGUUACAUAGAAAAAGGAAUGAACACAACUUCCCUGUCCGAGAGGAGCACGUUUUUAUUAUAAAUAUGUACAUACAGACGUAUCGUGUAGAGAAGAGAUACAUAAUGAAACUAACGUUCUUUUCUUUUCAGAGAGGUUCUAUAGAUUUUACAAAAUUAAUCGAAAUUGGAGUAUUGGUACACAUAAAUGAUAAAUUCCUUUUUACAUCAUGCAUAUCUGUAUUACAUGUAGCAAAUGUCGGAACGAUAGAUGGGACAAUUUAGAAAUGGACAAACGUGGAAUAAUAUGGGCUAGAUGCACAUUCAUAAGUAAUAUAUUAUUGGGGAUUAUAUUUUAUGAAUAUGCAAUUUCUAAUAAUGUGUAUACUUACGCAUUAUUCAAUUAUUGUAUGGAAAAUUCGUGAUCUUGGGCCGUUUAUAAACUUGUCAAGCACUUCUCACUGAAAAAGUGAUAUUUGUAUCUUAUAAAUUUUGUAUAUUUUUAUUAAAAUACUACAUACGCUAGUGUAUAUAUACAUACAUAUAUAUAUAUAUACACACAUGCAUAUAGGCGCACACAUGCGCACACGCAUGUAUAGCCAUUCUUAGAAAUUAGAAUAUUUAUGCUUAAAUAAUUGAAAAGUAAAUAAGACAAUACGUUAAAGAGAUAGAUAUAAGUUACGUUUUGCGAGAUAUUAUUGUUUUACAAGCAGCAGAGAAUGUAUCCACGAUUAGGUUGCACUUUUAGCUUAAUAAUAGAGUACAAGUAACAAAUUUUUAUUGUAAAUCUUUAUAUUUACAGAGUAGUGUAUGUUCUACUAAAGAAAAAAAAA